GUGACUCUGGAUUGUUUUGAGAGAUGAGUUGAGUGUAAUGCUUUGCUAGCAUUCGCACCCAAAGUUCCCAUAGAGACAAACGGUCUCCAAAAUGUCGAGGUUACAGGAGGUGUACAGAAGGUAUUUAAGGUCCAGCUAUUAAAUGUGUUAACUGGAACCUUAACACAAAAGGCAUCUGUUAGGACAGGAUGCCAGAGAUGACCGACACUCAAUCAUCUGGUCGUAAAAGCAAGAGGAGGAAAAACAAAGAAACUCACAAUGCAGUUGAGAGACACAGGAAGGAGAAGAUUAAUGCUGGAAUUAACCGCAUCGGUAAUCUUCUGCCCUGCUCCCAGCCAAAUCAGAGUAAGAUCAUGAUCUUGGACCAGGCAUUUCGCUACAUAACUGAGCUGAAGAAGCAAAAUGACACAAUGCUUCUCGAGGGAGGAGAUAAAGUCCAAGCGGAGGAAAUACGCAGACUGCGACGGCAGUUGGAGGAACUUAGAAAGGAGAGCACUAGCUACAUUGAGCUCCUCAAAGCACAUGACAUUAACCAUCUCGAGGACCCCACUAUCCACUGGAAGGGAAAACAGCGCUGUGCUAAGGUGGCAAAGGUAAUGCCUACCCACCAGCUACCAAAGGGGAUUAUUGUGUAUUCGAAUGGCAACGUAAUGUGCCCAGCGGGGAUGGAGACUAGCCCAGGAAAACAGCCGUUGGAAACCUUAAUUCUUCAGCCACCAUCAGAGGUUAGUGGCAGGUUAAGGGUUAAUGGAACCCUGCUGCAAGUCAAUACCUCUUCUACCACCCCUGCCCUUCUACCAGGAUCGACUGUCACACCCGCCCAGUCAGUGCCAGGUUUGAGAGUCGUGGAGCAGUGUGUGGUUGAGACACCAGUUGCAGCCUCCUCUGUUUCUUACAUCACACUUCAGAUACCUACCGCCACCACAACCCUGGCACAGCAACCCCAACCUACUACCCCAGUCCAGACCCUCACAUUAGCAGCCACCUCAGCACCACAGCUCCCUAUUGAAAGACCUGCUUCAUCCGUGUCCACCUGCCCCACAUUCAUCCAAACCGUAACCAGAACAACAGCCUCAGAGGUUUCCUCUUGUGUUGCCCAGGCCACUACCAUCAAGACUGUAAGUUACAGUGCUAUUCCCAACGGCCAAGCUCUUCUUAGGGCAGGGGCGGCGGGGAGCACGCAGACUACAUGGACAACACUGCAGAUGGCAGGGAACACAGUGCAGCCAGUCUGCCAGAGUCUUACCACACCAGAGCUCAGUAACACCACCCAGGCUGUUCAGCAGGUGACUUUGUGUCCAGUGGGCAACAAACAACACCCAAUUCAAAUACAGCUGCAACCAAAUGUCCCUAUCCAGCAAGCACCUAUCACAGCCCACAUUCAAGCACACCCCUUCCAGAGACCACCCCAGCUACAGCCAGCAAUCCUGAACCAGGCACAGCCUCAACCUGUCUUAGCACCCCAACCUCAAUGUACUGUCGUCCCCCAGUCAAUCAUAGUACCCCAGUCUGCCGUGGUGGCCCAUCCUGCUGUUGUGACACAGGCCCAGCCUGCCAUACUUAAACCAGGGUCAUUGCUUCCCAGUCCUGCAACAGCCAUCAUCCCUCAGCCUCAGCCCAUCCCUCAGCCAGCCCUGAUGCCCCUUCUCCAGACCAUGCAGGUGCUGCAGGUCAAGCCAAAUGGAGCAGCCACCUCAGCUGUAACAGCACCACAGAACACUAUCAACCCAAGUGUGGUCAUCCUGCAGCAGCCAAGUUCUUGCCCAGCCCAGUCAGUUGUAAGGGAGGAAAUGGGAAAUCAGACACCCUGUCAGCAUAUUGUAAUCAUACAGGCAUCCAACCAGAGUGCACCUUGUCCUCAGAAUUCUCAGGUUGGCAUUUUGCCUGCUGCCAUGCCCUCCGCAAUACCUCCUGUGUCUACUCAUGUAUCCACAACAAGCAGUUCAACAUCUGCUUCAUCUUUACAGAGUGUUGGCGGGAAGCAGCUGGUGCACAUCCUGCCACACCCUGUUCAACCUCAAGCAAACCAACCCCUACAGGUCACCCAGGCAUCAUCUUCUCUGUCAAUGCCUCCAGCACCACAAACUAUCACUGUGAAUGGCCAAGUGUUUGCUUUGCAGCCCAUGAAGACCUCUGACAAAACAAGCUCAAAGGGAAGCCAGAGUACACUCCAGCUGGUACAGCCCACCACCACGGAGGAACCAACUACUAAUGUGGCCCUUAAAAGUUUAGGGGCCCUCAGAAGUCUCAACCAGAGCAUCUCUCAGGGCCCCCCACUUACCAUUUCUAGCCAGAACAAUAGUCAGCCUCCAGCUGCUCAGCUGUCAGCAGUCCAGCAGCAGCAACCUACUGUUUCGGCACCUGUCCCUGUAACAACAUUGGUUCUACCUGCCCAGCAGCUACAGGUCCCAGUCACAUCAGGGCGGGUGGUUACUGCCUCUAAACCUUCAAAAAAGAGGGUUCGCAUGGCUUCAAAUAUAAAGAGAGCUACAGCUAAAAGGAAUAAACCUGUCAAGGGAAAGGUGCUUGAUCAGGUGCAGCCUGCUGUUGUCGUUUCAGCCAAGCCUACGGCCGCUGCAGGGGAGACGCAGACAGUUCAAAUUCCAGUAUCUCAAUUUGUACAACCUUCUACUGUAAAACUCACAGACAGUCCCACCACUUGCACCACAGCUGUCACUACUGCAGAUAGCAGUGAAAUGACAGGAAAUAUCUCUUCUAUGCAGAACUCAAAGAAAAUCAUUGUCUCGAGUUCGUCUAGUGAGACAGUUGAAUUAGGUCAGUCCCAUUCACAAAGUAAAAGUUUUGUCAGCACAUCUCAGAGUGAAGCUGUAUUCAGUCAUACUAACACUGGUGCUAUGGCAACUACAGUGACAACUGUAAAUGCCACAUCAGUGAAGCCAUCAGUUAGUGCAGCUGUGGUCACAGAGAGUAAACCAUCGGUAGUUUCUGACAAGUCAACUGUAACCAAAGUCUCAGUUGCAGAGGUUAAACAUCCAAACACCAGUACAGCAACUAGCACAACACAAAGCAAGUCAGCUGCUGCCACUACUGCUGUGUCAAGACAGAGCAGAUCUGUGGUCAGCUCUACAGGUGCCACUGAGGCAGGGUACACCUCCAUCACAGUUUGCACUGCAAGUUUAUCUCCAGUUUGCACCACAAGUAUUACAACAACUGCACCCGUAUCUUUAAAUCAGGCCACCCAACCAACCACAAUGUGUCCUCCCCAGGGAUUGAAUACCCAAGCUCUCAUAUCCUGUAGUAAACCUCAGUCUCAGCCCACCACUUCAUCCCCUGUGGCACUGUCGUCACCUGCAACACAAUUUUCUGCAACCCAAAACUCCACUACAGCUCACUUAACAAGUUCAGAGUUUAGGAAAAGGAUCAGUGCCAGCAGAGCGCCAUCGCAACACAGCAACACAAACAUGCCCAACCCCUCCCCCUGCCACCCUGUUGAGGUUAAACUGCAACAGGCCCCCAAAAGAGACAGAGAAACUCAGGAAGCGAAACACUCCAUAGUAGUGGAGAAAGAAGGCUUGGUGGCAGACACAUCUUCAAGAAAGGACUUUGCCCUACCGCAACAGGUAUAUACUAACCUUGACGAUCAAACUUUGGAGCACCCCAUGACAUCUAGCAGACAGGCAGAUUCUCCCACUUCAACAGGGGCUGGAGGAGGCAGAGGCUUCUCAGUGGCAUCCAUGCUUCCUCCGGGCCACAAUAUUAGUGCAUCGUCUGGCUCGUUUGGAACAUUUACAUUCACAUCUGAGCAGGCGGAGAUGCUGGCCUUGGCCAUGCUAGAACAGGACAGCCCUGGGAGGAGGAGCGGAGGGUGCACUGGAGAUGGCACUUCUUUAUCAAACCCUUCAACAUCCUCAUGGGAGUCGUCUAAAACUCCACCAGUGUCUAGCAACAAAGAAAGAGGCUCAGCUGGCCAGCAGGCUAAAGUUACUAAGCCCAUGGAUACAGUUGCAAUCCAGGUGUCUGUCAGAAGACCAGUUGGGGAGGCGGGGUCUGUCAGUGGUCAUAAUGCAAGCAGACAUCAACAAAACAUCUCAUACUCCCAGUCUCAGUCCCUCCCUCAGGUCCAGCCUCAGAGCUCAUCUCAGAGUGGCACAGUAGCAAGCCUCAGCGUCAACAACCUGAUAAGACCCAGCUCCAGUCAGCAGCAGUACCCGGGCUCUCCCAGUCUGGUUGGCCAACAGGGUUCGGUUCCAUCACCUGUGGGAAACUCAGCCCACAUAUCUCAACCUUCAAACAACACCCUGUCACCCUGCUCAGGUGCUGCUCAGCCCAAUGAAUACACACCACUGAAGUCUGCAUUAAUGAGGGCUCAGGCAGGAGUUGGUGUAGGUGAACGACAAGUGAAGAUUAUCUCCAAAAGGCAGGCCCAGGAGGCAGUGAUGGUUAACACUGGAAAACGACCCAAGCCUUGUCCUCCAUCAGCUGCCCCGGUUAGCCACAUGGAUGUGAAAGUUCCCGAUCACAGCCAGAUGAUGGUGGGACAGCUGCUGCCCACCUCCUCAGGUGUCAUGACAAGGCUUAAUUCAGAAAGUGGAGGGCCCCUCUUCUCCACAAACUCUUUCAUGAGCCCAGUAGUGCGGCCCACAGAUGGCCACUGUCCUCCUCAAGGACCUCCUGAGCAGAAUCAGCCAGGCGUGCUUCAUCUGCCUCAGGGUCAUCCACAGCAUUCUGCCUCCCAGCCUGGCCAACAUCUGGGUGGGAACCUCUACAUGAAACAACAACAGCAGCAAGAGCAGCAGAGACACCAUCUGUAUCAUUUGCAACACCACCUGACACACCCCGACCCUGCACAACGCCACACACUACACCAGAGGGCGCUUCAGCAGCAGCAGCAAGAGCAACAGCAACAGCAACAGCAGCAGCAGCAGCAGCAGCAGCAGCAGCAGCAGCAGCAGCACGUCCAGAAAAAGCGGGGACUUGUCAGGGGCAAUCAAACUGGUUCACCUGCAGGCCUGCAACAGAAGCCACAUCAUCUAGAUAAAUCUGGAAUUCAGCAGCAGCAACAGCAGCACUCGCAUCAACAGCAACAAACGCAACAUCAACAGCACACGCAGCAGCAGCCGUCACAGCAGCAUCCACAGCAGUCGCACCAACAAUCACAGCAGCAUCAACAGCCAACACAACACCAACAGUCUCAUCCCCAACAGCACCAACAGCAGACACUUCAACCACAGACGCAGCAUCAACAACACCAACAACAGCAGCAGCAGCAGCAGCAGCAGCAGUUACAGCAGCAGCAGCAGCAGCAGAGCUCCCACGCCAGACACCAGCAGCAUCUUCAGCAGCAGAUCCAGCAGCAACAGCACUUUAGACACCAGGAGAAGAGCUGUGAGGCCCAGACAGCAGGAUCCAGGGUCCACCACAGCAAUCACCUGGCUCAGCAGGAGCACCUCAAGAUUGAUGACACAUAUGUUCUCCUCCCUCAGACUGGUCAGGACCACGGUGCGAUGCAGAGGAUGAUGGGCUCGAGGACACUGGAGCAACAGCUCAUCUCUCCUCCCAGCAAUCCCGUGUCCCGUUCGUCCGACCUGGCGUGCGCGCCGUCGCGCCAGGAGCGCCAUCGGGUUUCCAAUUACUCUGCGGAGGCGCUCAUCGGGAAAAGCUCCAGCAGUGGUGAACAGCAGCAGCGCAUGGGUCUUCACCUUCAGCCCGGCCACGGUGCCGCCCAGGAGCAGCAGGAGCUCUGCGGUUACCUGGACACAUCGCGAGGGAAGGCUAAUAUCGCUCACAACCCACAGACCCGCCUGCCUUCAGAUCACCCGGGGUCAGCUGAUGUUCAGCGGGUCUCAGAGUGUCCACCCUUCAAGCCUAUGGGCGGAGGAGCUCAUCAGCUCAGCGGUUUUGAGGUCCAGGUAUCACGUGGGAGUGACAUGGCACCAAAGUCAGUGCCUUCAUCUCAGAGAGGCCCUCAGGGGCAGCAGCAGGGGGGGUUCAGGAUGAACAUGGGUCCUCCAGCAGACGGCAGAAAUCGUGGUGGCUACAGUGGAGCCCAUCCUGGUUCACAAGGACUACAGGUGGGCCCGCCAUUGCCCCGAGAACAAGAAGGUUGUCACCAGGGUUUCAUGCAAAGCCUUCUUUCUCCCCACCUUACUGAGCAGAGCAACCACCAGCGAGCGGUGCAGUGCUGUCCACCGGUCAGCAUGGAGUACAGCUGCCUGCCUGGAAGCUCUUCAAUUGACCUACAGGCCAAAACCUCCAGCCCCAGUGUUCAACCCACGCAGAAGGCUCCGGCUAUGCGGCUCGGGGAGGGCAACAAGGGCCAUAUUUCUCAGGUUAGCAGUAACAUGCAUGGAGGCCCAGUCAUGCGAGCAGGUCUCCCCCACCCUCCAACCCCGCACAGCAGCUCUGAGCCAGGCCGCUCCAGACCACCGACUGCUGUCAGCCAGCACUCUCGCCACAUCGGCCGGGACACUCAGCCCACCAAGCUGAGGCCUGGAGACCGGCCGCGGUCUGGUGCUCUGAGGCCAAGCAACCCUUUCGAGUCUGAGGGCCACUUGCCUCUGCCCUCUGGAGGAGGGGUGCUGCUGAGCCGCCCGCAGUCUGGGGGCGAGGCGCGACGCAGCACCAUUGUUCGCUUUAUGGCAGAAGGUGCUCAGGUACCGAGUGAAAACAACCUGGUUUCUGAACAACACAUAACACAGAACUUUGGGUUUCCUUUUAUCCCCGAAGGAGGAAUGAAUCCUCCGCCUCCCAUCAAUGCUAACUCCACAUUCAUCCCUCCUGUCAGCCAGUCCAACACCUCCCGUACACCCUCCCUUCUGCCCGUGGAACCCCAGAACACUUUACCCUCCUUCUACCCCUCCUAUUCUCCAGCGGCCCACCCCAGCCUUCCCAGCGACGUCACCCUUCAAUACUUUCCCAACCAAAUGUUUACCAGCCCAAGUGCCGACAAAGGCAGCGCUCCUCCUCCUCUCAACAACCGCUUUGGCUCCAUCCUUUCCCCGCCACGCCCUGUGGGUUUUGGUCAGGCUAGCUUCUCCCUGCUCCCAGAUAUGCCCCCGAUGCCUAUUGCCAACACAUCGGGAAUCACCCCUCACAUAUCCAACUUCAGCCUCACGUCCCUGUUCCCCGAAAUCGCCACCGGCAUGCCCAGCGACGGCUCGGCGAUGCCCAUGUCUCCCCUGCUGUCGCUCUCCAACACCUCGUCUGCCGACUCGAGCAAGCAGCCCAAUCGUCCUGCCCACAACAUCAGCCACAUUCUGGGCCACGACGGCAGCUCGGCUGUGUGAGCAGAGCGCCCUCAGCUUAUUGAUGAGUUAAUGUUCCUUUUAAGCCGGGUGUGAAACCCUGCACGUCACAGACAGUUUCUAGGUUGAUAUCACACUUCAAGCCCACGUGGGGGGUGAUUUUGGUCGUUUACAUGUUCAUAUGAUUUCAAUCAAGUAUUUUCUCUUUGUACAUUUGAGGUUAUAAUUUGUAAUAUUUAGAUUUUUAUGGUUUGAAAUGUUGGUCAAACCCAUCGGUGUAGUAAAACAAACAUGUAGGAGGUUUAGCUCUUGAAUUCAGUGUUUUCUGGGUCAUGGAGAAAACCCUCUGCACACUCACAGAUGUAAUUUACUAACUUAUAUCAGGUUAGAUUGUACAGAAUCUGUUUGUUUUUCCCCAAGAGAUAUUUUGUAAAUACCAGUGUUUCAUAUCAGAAUUGCUAGAUUAUGUAUGUAUUUGUAAAUACAAAAAAAUAUUAAUAAAGUUUAUAAGAAGA